GAGGAAGCUUGUCGCAGCCGGCCCCAGGUAAAUGGAGGAACCUGACAGUUGAGAGGAGGAGGAGGCGGCGGCGACCAAGGUGAAAUGGCGGCGGCAGUUACCAAUGGCGGCACAAUGAGGCGACGCCUGUAACCGGGUAAACUCCGGACUGUCCCACCUGGCAGGAGCUUGACAGUGAUGUGAAUACCAUACACACCAUACACGCAGAUAUAAUGGUGUCAGAAUGCAGUUCAGAAAGCAUAUGCGCAGAGAUCUCAGAAAUUAAUACAGUAGUCCUCAACUUACGACCACAAUUGAACCCAACAUUUCUGUUGCUAGUCAUUUGUUAAUAAAUAGUUGUAAUGUUGUUGUGCUGUGCAGGAAAAUGCUAUGAAAGAAACACUGGAUGAAUGAAUGAAAAGCCCUGCUUUUCAACCCCUCAACAUGGCAGGACUACAACUCAUGACCCCAGCUUCCUCUCCAAUGGGUCCUUUUUUUGGACUACCAUGGCAACAAGAAGCAAUUCAUGAUAAUAUUUACACACCAAGAAAAUAUCAGGUGGAACUCCUGGAAGCAGCUCUGGAUCACAAUACUAUUGUCUGUUUGAACACUGGCUCAGGGAAGACUUUUAUUGCAGUGCUACUCAUUAAAGAACUUUCUUAUCAGAUCCGUGAAGACUUCAACAAAAAAGGAAAAAGAACAGUAUUUUUGGUUAAUUCCGCAAACCAAGUUGCUCAGCAAGUAUCAACUGUUAAGACACAUUCAGAUCUCAAAGUGGGAGAAUAUUCAAGUUUGGAAAUAACAGGCAUAUGGACAAAAGAGAGAUGGAACCAGGAAUUUGCAAAGUAUCAGGUUCUGGUUAUGACCUGUCAAAUCGCUUUGAAUGUUUUAAAAAAUGAACAUUUAGCCCUCUCAAACAUUAAUCUCCUUAUUUUUGAUGAGUGCCAUCUUGCAAUCCAGGAUCAUCCUUAUAGAGAAAUUAUGAAGCUUUGUGAGAGUUGUCCAUCCUGUCCUCGAAUCUUGGGAUUAACCGCUUCCAUUUUAAAUGGAAAAUGUGAUCCAGCAGAGUUAGAGGAGAAGAUUCAGAAACUGGAGAAAAUUUUAAAGAGCAGUGCUGAAACGGCAACUGAUUUAGUAGUUUUGGACAGAUAUACUUCUCAGCCAUGUGAGAUUGUGGUGGAUUGCGGGCCAUACUCUGACAAAAGUGGACUUUAUGGAAGACUGUUAACAGAGCUGGAUGAUGCGCUUAGCUUUCUGAAUGAUUGCAACAUAUCUGUACAUUGUAGAGAAAGAGAUUCUAUCUUAAUUUCUAAGCAGAUACUGUCAGACUGCCGGGCAGUGUUGCUUGUUCUGGGACCGUGGUGUGCAGAUAAAGUAGCUGGGAUGAUGGUGAGAGAGCUACAGAAGUACAUUAAGCAUGAGCAAGAGGAGCUGCACAGGAAAUUUUUAUUGUUUACAGAUACUUUCCUAAGAAAAAUUCAUGCACUCUGUGAAGAGCACUUCUCACCUGCCUCACUUGACCUGAAAUUUGUAACCCCAAAAGUAAUAAAACUGCUUGAAAUCUUGCGCAAAUAUAAACCCUAUGAACGGCAACAAUUUGAAAGUGUUGAAUGGUAUAAUAAUAGGAAUCAAGAUAAUUAUGUAUCUUGGAGUGAUUCUGAGGAUGAUGAUGAGGAUGAAGAAAUAGAAGAGAAGGAGAAGACAGAGACAAACUUUCCUUCUCCAUUUACCAAUAUUUUAUGUGGAAUUAUUUUUGUGGAACGAAGAUACACUGCAGUUGUGUUAAACAGGUUGAUAAAAGAAGCUGGCAAACAAGACCCAGAGCUGGCUUACAUCAGCAGCAAUUUUAUAACUGGACAUGGCAUUGGAAAGAAUCAGCCCCGUAGCAAACAGAUGGAAAUAGAAUUCCGAAAGCAGGAAGAGGUUCUUAGAAAAUUUCGAGCACAUGAAACCAACUUGCUAAUUGCAACUAGUAUUGUAGAAGAGGGUGUUGACAUACCAAAAUGCAAUUUGGUGGUUCGUUUUGAUUUGCCCACAGAAUAUCGUUCCUAUGUGCAAUCCAAAGGAAGAGCCAGAGCACCUAUCUCAAACUACAUUAUGUUAGCUGAUUCAGACAAAAUUAAAUGUUUUGAAGAAGAUCUUAAAACCUACAAAGCAAUUGAGAAGAUUCUGAGGAACAAAUGCUCGAAGUCUGUUGAUAUUAGUGAAACAGAAAAUGAGCCUAUUAUAGAUGAUGAUGACAUCUUCCCACCAUAUGUGUUGAGGCCAGAAGAUGGUGGCCCAAGAGUCACAAUAAACACUGCUAUUGGGCACAUUAAUCGGUAUUGUGCUAGAUUACCAAGUGAUCCAUUUACUCAUCUGGCUCCAAAGUGUAAAACUAGAGAGCUUCUUGAUAACACAUUUUAUGCAACACUUUAUCUACCUAUCAAUUCUCCUCUUCGAGCAUCAAUAGUUGGUCCUCCAAUGAGUUGUGCAAGAUUAGCAGAAAGAGUUGUCGCUCUUAUUUGUUGUGAAAAAUUGCAUAAAAUUGGUGAACUAGAUGAUCACUUGAUGCCAGUUGGAAAAGAAACAGUAAAAUAUGAGGAGGAACUUGAUUUGCAUGAUGAAGAAGAAACCAGCGUUCCAGGAAGGCCAGGUUCUACAAAACGAAGGCAAUGCUACCCUAAAGCUAUUCCAGAAUGUUUGAGGGACAGUUAUCCCAAACCUGAUCAACCCUGUUACCUUUAUGUAAUUGGUAUGGUCUUAACUACUCCUCUGCCUGAUGAGCUCAACUUCAGAAGACGAAAGCUAUAUCCUCCCGAAGAUACAACAAGAUGUUUUGGAAUACUAACAGCCAAACCUAUACCUCAGAUUCCUCAUUUUCCUGUAUAUACCCGCUCAGGAGAAGUGACUAUAUCUAUUGAGUUAAAGAAAUCAAGUUUCACUUUGUCAUUACAAAUGCUUGAGUUAAUCACACGACUUCACCAAUAUAUAUUCUCUCAUAUUCUUCGACUUGAAAAACCUGCACUAGAAUUCAGACCCACUGAUGCUGAUUCAGCCUAUUGUGUUCUACCUCUUAAUGUUGUUGAUGGCUCCAGCACUUUGGACAUUGAUUUUAAAUUUAUGGAAAAUAUUGAGAAAUCGGAAGCUCGUACUGGCAUUCCCAGUACACAAUAUACAAAAGAAACACCAUUCAUUUUUAAAUUAGAGGAUUACCAGGAUGCAGUUAUCAUUCCAAGGUAUCGAAAUUUUGACCAGCCUCAUCGAUUCUAUGUUGCUGAUGUCUACACAGAUCUUACACCAUUGAGCAAAUUUCCUUCACCAGAAUAUGAAACAUUUGCUGAAUAUUAUAAAACAAAAUACAACCUUGAUCUGACCAAUCUCAACCAGCCAUUGCUGGAUGUGGACCACACAUCUUCAAGACUUAAUCUUUUGACACCUCGACAUUUGAAUCAAAAGGGGAAAGCUCUUCCAUUAAGCAGUGCAGAGAAACGGAAAGCCAAGUGGGAAAGUCUGCAAAAUAAACAGAUUUUGGUUCCAGAACUCUGCGCUAUACAUCCUAUUCCAGCAUCACUGUGGAGAAAAGCAGUUUGUCUCCCUAGUAUCCUUUAUCGUCUUCACUGCCUUUUGACAGCCGAGGAACUCAGAUCUCAAACAGCUAUUGAUGCUGGUGUAGGAGUCAAGUCACUUCCUAUGGAUUUUAGAUAUCCUAACCUGGACUUUGGAUGGAAAAAAUCUAUUGACAGCAAAUCCUUCAUCUCUGCUCCUAAUUCUUCUCUAGAAGAGAAUGAAAAUUAUUGUAAGCACAGUGCAAUUAUAGUCCCUGAAAAUGCUGCACAUCAAGGUGCUAUUAAAACCUCCUCCGCAGAUAAGCAUGACCAAAUGUCUGUGAGCUACAGAGCAUUGAUAGAUUCACCUAGCAAACUCCAAAAGGAUGUCUCAGUAGAACUGGCAACAACUAACGGUGUUUCUUACAAUAAAAAACUUGCCAAUAGCAAUUGUGACAUAUCUAACAGAGAAAUUUGCCAAGAAAAUCAACUGAGUUACUGCAGGCAAGAAAUACCUGUACAAUCAACUACCUCGUAUCCUAUUCAAAAUUUAUACAACAAUGAGAACCAGCUCAAGUUCAGCAAUGAAUGUACUCUGAAUAAUAAAUAUCUUGAUGGAAAUGCUAACAAUUCUACCUCAGAUGAUUGUCCCAAAAUGGCAGUGACCACCAGUGCUUCAGAAGGUUGCAAGCCUUCAGAAGAAAGCAUGGAUUCUGUAACAAGCUCUUCCAGUGGUUAUUCCUCAAGAACCCUUGGUCCAAACCCUGGUCUCAUUCUUCAGGCAUUGACUCUUUCAAAUGCUAGUGAUGGAUUUAAUCUGGAACGGCUUGAAAUGCUUGGUGAUUCAUUUUUAAAACAUGCCAUCACUACAUACUUGUUUUGCACUUAUCCUGAUGCUCAUGAGGGACGCCUGUCGUAUAUGAGAAGCAAAAAAGUCAGCAAUUGUAACCUGUAUCGUCUUGGAAAAAAGAAAGGGCUUCCUAGUCGCAUGGUAGUGUCUAUAUUUGAUCCUCCCGUGAACUGGCUUCCUCCUGGUUACAUAGUAAACCAAGACAAGAGUAACACAGACAAAUGGGGAAAAGAUGAAAUGACAAAAGAGGGCUUACUGUCUAAUGGAAAACAUGAUUAUGACGAUGAUGACGAUGACGAUGAGUUAAUGUGGCGAGUACCCAAGGAAGAAACUGAGUUUGAAGAUGACUUUUUGGAAUAUGAUCAGGAGCAUAUCAAAUUUAUUGACAACAUGUUAAUGGGUUCUGGAGCAUUUGUAAAGAAAAUAUCACUGUCUCCGUUUUCACCUGCUGAUAGCAGUUAUGAAUGGAAAGCACCCAAAAAAUCAUCUUUGACUAAUGUUCAAUUUUCAUCAGAUUUUGAUGAUUUUGACUAUAGCUCAUGGGAUGCAAUGUGCUACUUAGAUCCUAGCAAAGCUGUUGAAGAGGAUGAUUUUGUUGUAGGUUUCUGGAAUCCAUCAGAGGAAAAUUGUGGUAUUGAUGCUGGAAAACAAUCUAUCUCAUAUGAUUUGCAUACAGAACAGUGCAUUGCUGACAAAAGCAUUGCAGACUGUGUAGAAGCCCUUUUGGGAUGUUAUCUGACCAGCUGUGGGGAAAGAGCUGCCCAGCUUUUCCUCUGUUCAUUGGGUCUGAAAGUGCUUCCAGUUAUUAAAAAAACUGAGUGGGACAAUGUUCUGUACUCUUACAGAGACCAUUUUAAUAGCCAACAGAAGCAUUCUUCAGCAAACUGCAUUUCUGCCUCUUUAGCUAAGCAAGAAUCUUCUCACUAUAAAGACUUGGUAUAUGGCUGUUUAAAGAUUCCUCCAAGAUGUAUGUUUGAUCAUCCAGAUGCUGAGACAACCUUAAAUCAUCUUAUAUCAGGCUUUGAAAACUUUGAGAAAAAAAUUAACUACAAUUUUAAGAACAAGGCUUAUCUUCUUCAGGCAUUUACUCAUGCCUCGUAUCAUUACAACACCAUUACUGAUUGUUACCAGCGGUUAGAAUUUCUGGGAGAUGCAAUUUUGGACUACCUCAUAACUAAGCACCUUUACGAAGACCCACGACAGCACUCACCAGGAGUCCUAACAGACUUGAGAUCAGCUCUUGUAAACAACACCAUCUUUGCCUCACUGGCUGUAAAAUAUGACUACCACAAAUAUUUCAAAGCUGUUUCUCCUGAGCUGUUUCAUGUUAUUGAUGAUUUUGUACAGUUUCAAAUGGAAAAGAAUGAAAUGCAAGGAAUGGAUUCUGAGCUCCGAAGAUCUGAAGAAGAUGAAGAAAAAGAAGAAGAUAUAGAAGUACCAAAGGCUAUGGGAGAUAUAUUUGAGUCCCUUGCUGGUGCAAUUUACAUGGAUAGUGAAAUGUCUCUGGAAAUGGUUUGGCAAGUGUAUUAUCCAAUGAUGAGGCCAUUAAUAGAAAAAUUCUCUGCAAAUGUGCCCCGUUCGCCAGUAAGAGAGCUGUUGGAAAUGGAGCCAGAGACAGCCAAAUUUAGUCCUGCUGAAAGAACUUAUGAUGGAAAGGUUAGAGUAACAGUGGAAGUUGUAGGAAAGGGGAAGUUCAAAGGUGUUGGAAGAAGCUAUCGGAUUGCCAAAUCAGCAGCAGCAAGAAGAGCUCUACGAAGCCUCAAAGCAAAUCAACCUCAGGUUCCGAAAAGCUGAGACGUCUUCUUAAAAAACAAAUAUACCAUAAAGAGAAAAUUUUUAAAAAUAUAUGUGCUGAGAGGAAAAAAACUGAAGACAGCAAUUAAAGUUUGGUAAUAAAGUAGUUAACAACAUUAACAUGUAUACAUAAUUUUGGAACUAAUUGUAGUUAUAGGUUUUUUGCGCAAACACAAUCUUGUCUUCUUUCCUCACUUCUGCUUUGUUUAAUCACAAGAGUGCUUUAAUAUUUAGCAAGUGUUCAAAACAAUUGUCAGGUCCUUGGGUUUACUUUUCCACUACAGUACAGGUUUGCUUUGCUUAGCUUAAAGGCCAGGGAGCCAUGUCUCUUGUGAGAUAAAUAUCUGUAUCUCUAUUAUCUAGAAAUAUGGGUAUAUCUUGAAAUUCCUUUAAUCUGUGCACUAGUGCCAGUCACAAAGCAGUUAUAAACUGUGCUGGAUAAUAUGGUGUAAAAAUAAGUGUGCCAGUAUUGUCCUUGUUCUUUCCAUGUCAUCUUUGCAUUAAGAUGGCAUUCCCAAUCAUUAUUGCACUUAUUUGUUAGGGACAGAUUUUUAAUUGAAAUGUCUUGCAUUCAAUAGAAUUUUAAAUUGAUGCCACAUAGUCUUGCAUUAAAGGUUCUUGCCUUAAAAAUAUGUACACCCUCAAAAUUAGAAAACUUUCAGGUUUUUUUUAAUCUCUUUGGAACAAAUUGUAUUAUAUUCCCUCCACUUUUAGAAUGCAUUUUGCAAUGAUAAAUCUCUGUAUUUACAGUACUUGUUAGUUUAGCUGUGACUUAACUUAUUACGCAAGUAAUAGAAUUGUAUUCAUAUAUCUGUAGUGAGGUUAUUUUUAACAUUUCAAAGGAAAUUAUUAGUACAGACUUUAUUUGAUAUUGCAAAGGAAAUGUUUUUUCUUAAUUUACAUUGUUAAGAAACCAAGAGUCUAGACUAAGCAGUGUCCAUUACUCUUGUAGAACUUCCUUUCACUGCAAGGGGCUUAUGCAGGAGAUUUUCUUGGUGGAUUACUGCCAUGGUUUACUGGAACUUAGUAAUGAUAAUUGCACAGUGUGAACUGUUGCAUUUUAAAAAAAGAAAUAAGAACCUUUGACAUAUCGCACCUAAAAUAUGCUGCAGUUUUUUUUAUUGGAUACCUAUUUAACAAAUAGAGCACCUUUACACCUUUAAAAGCAAUUUCCACAUAAUUCUUACUGUACUUUUCAGAGUUGCAUGCAUAUUUCACCUACCAAAGCUGUGCUGUUAAAAUGCCAUGGAAGUUGUUGUGUGAGAGAAACUGCCAUACUUUUGAUACAUCUGUGACUUAGGUUCUUUAAUGUAGAGUGAGUAGCUUAUUAUUGUUGUUUAAGUUGAUAUGAAAUCGUAAAUUGUUAGGCUAUGCCUCAAUUUCUUUAUACAUUUGUAGGCACCCUUCACUUAAAUACCUCAGUUCUUUGUUCUUUUUAUGUCUUUUUUUUCUCCUUUUUUGCAUGCAUCGUUUUUUGUUUGUUUGUUUUUGGUGCUAUGUGUAUGUAUUAUGCUUGAAAUUUUAAUUUUUGCACUGUAACUAUAAUACCUCUUAAUUUACCUUUAUAAAAAGCUGUGGGUCAUCUUGCACUCCCACCAAUAUCAAUAGAGGUUUGCUGCAAUUUUACCCCUGUUAAUUAUGCUUGAAGUUUGAGAGAACUGAGCAAAGUUUUUAAUGUUUUCCAGCACAGUGGUUUACUCUUGAUGGUUUUUAAAGUGCUAAAUUACAGAUAAUCCUAUUCUCCACAUUUAAAGGCACACACCCCUUUCCACACCAGGAUAUUCAUUCAAACUGUAAAAAAGGGGAGCAUCUGGUUUAUCUUUGUGAAGAAUAGAAUCAUAACUUAGUAAGAAAAAAAAAAUAAGUUAAAUUUCAGGAUUUAAUUUUGAGUGACAGAUACCUUGUUUAAAUUCAUAAUAAUGAAUCAAAAUAGUAUUUGUGUGCAGCUUAAUUUAAUGAGAGAAUAAAAUGCAUGGAAGUGCAUACAAGUUUUUGUAUGUGUAUAGCGCAACCAUUUCAGAAAUAUGAAGAAGCAGUUUUUUCAGCUUUAAAAUAGUCUGUUCUUCAUUUCAGCAUGAAUGGUUACCAUUGAUUUUGUUCAAAAAGAAUUAAAUAUCUCUCUCUCCGCCCUCUCUCUCUUGGUCCCUCCCUCCCCUCUCACCCCCACCCCAAAUAGAUAAAGACUGAUACUAAAACUGUAUUUUGGACUAUGGAUAGGUGCUUUGGCAUUGAAACAAGACAUAAUUCCUCUUCAGCCUCUGAUUCUUUAGUUGGUUAUAUCCAUAUUCAUACAUCAUAUUUCCGCUUUCAGUAAAGCGGGGGGACAUAUAAGAUCUCCUUAUGGAAUAACAACACUGUAAAGAUGAUUUUAAAAUAAAUAUUGUUAAAUUCACCAUUGUGGCUCAAAGUAAACAUAACUACUAAAUAAUUGUUAGUAAAAUGGUUUUUCCCGGGAACCUUUUCCUUGUUUUUUUCCAGAUUAGCCUUUAAAAAAUACUCAUACAGGGUUUUUUUUAAAUAACAUGUGUUAUCCCAAUCACAUGUAUACAUUUUUGCGGUUUUAUAAAAUGCCAUACCCAAAAUACAAUCCAAUCAUAUUCAACGAACACAUUUCGUACUUGAAUAAUUUCAAAGAAUAGGAUAUUACAUGAUAGCAAUUGAAGAGUCUGAUAAUGAAAUUCCCUUAUCUAAACCUAUUCAGUGCCUCCACAAUACAACAAGCCAUGUAAUUGAAAUUACUGAAUAAGACCAAUUAUAAAUCUGGGUCCUGCUGCUGUGCGUGUCUGUGCACAGUAUUGCAAUGUCUCUGUUCUGGCAUUUAGCUCAAUUGUUAGAAUGCACAAAGGUAACACAAAACCCACACAUAAAAUUUUUGAUCUUGUACAACUGUUUUCCCUUUUCUAGAAAAUACAAUUGAGUAUUUUGGGGGUAUUUUCGAGACCUAAAUUUGAAAAUUAGGACCGUUAUUUUUUUAUACACCACAAGCAUCAGAUGAAAGGGACUGUUGCAAACCUGUCUUGUAUAACACAGAUUCGUCAUGUAGACAACUGAGGGGUUAAUGGCAUAAAUGUAUUUUCAGAUGUUUGUGUCUAUAUGUUAAACUGUCUUGCUUACGGUCCUCCUAACUAUGCUGCAUUUUUUUAAUUUUUAUUAUGGCUUUGUUUUGUGCUAUUCUGUUCAUAUAGCAUAAAUAAUCAUUGCACUUGGUACCAUGCUUUACCUCAUUUCAAGGAGAAAUACCCUUUUAACAGAAAAUAUGAUUCGGAACUUGCUGCUGUUUUGGUUUGUUAAAUUUGAAUAAAACCACUAGAGUGUUUGCAGUAUGUCAGUUAACUUGUACAAGUGGAAAAGGCCAUUUGCUGUUGGUUUCCUAUGGCAUGUUAGUAUAUUUGUUUCAUUUAAAUGACUGACUAAUGAAACAUUUCCAUGGAGCCCUUUGUAUGAUUAGAAGAUACUGCCUCAAGUGUGUACUCCUGUAUUUUAUAAGAUUUCUUUCAGUUGGUGAUGCUUUAUGCCAUAGUUUUUGGAAGUUUCUCAUCUCCACAGGAGUAUAUAUUUCAAUAGAUACAAAAGGCUGCAACAGAAAGGAGUUGAGAGGACUAUCUGUGCAUGAACAGAAUCUUGCUAAAUGCUUCCCUCUAUCUUUAUCACUUAUUUUUUAAUUUCUUAUACCACAUUUUAAUUUUUUUUAUAAAAAUGGUUAAAUGUUAAAUUUAACUUUUAUGUACUCCCCUUGAUGUAAAUCUACAUGUCUACAUGAUGGUCACUUACAUUCUCCUUCAUUUCGGAUGUGAAAGGAUCUGGUAACUUUUUAUAAAAGUUCUUUUCAGUGUAACUCUUGGUUCUGUUCCAUUCUAAACAUACUAUAAGUGGUAUAAAUUAAUAGUAAAGGCCUUUUCAAAUUGGAAGUUAUUUGACCAUACUAAAGCCAUGCAUUAUUCUUCUAUAUUCUUCAAUGAACAUAGUAGAAUAAGUUGUAUGUGACUAAUGAACACAAGGUUGAAUCAAAGUUGAGUCAAUCAUAUUGAUGGCAAAUUUCAUGUUCAGUAAGGAAAGAUUUGAUAAUUAUAAUUAUAUAAUUUUUAUUCAAAAAUGUAUAAUUUACAACUGUAAAACAUAACUGAAACCUAACAGCAUUCACCAGCAGAAAUCUGAUAACAGAUCUCCAGGGUGUCAGUGUAGAAUACAAAACAGUAGCCGCAAUGUAUUUGAAGAAUAAUUCUACAUAUAUCUGUCUGUCUCAAAGUCUGCUAAUAGGUUCCCUCUACUUGUUUGUGUUUUAUAAUUUGGAUAACCAUAGACUGUUUAAACUGAUGUCAUUCAUGUAAAUGGUUUACUACAAAAGGAAGUUAUAUGGAGAAACAGAAGUUGGAAAAAAAGUUGAAAAUUGCAGGCUUUUAAACUGUUAACAGUUUGACUUGAAAAUGGUUAAAAUCAAGUAGAAUGAAUAACAUAAUUUUAUGGACAAUAAAAGAUUCCCAUCACAUGCUGCAGCUGUCUUAAGGGACAUAAAAUGUAAUUCAUUCAUACUGUAAUCAUGCUGCAGGAAAUUGCAGUCUGCACCUUAUGGAUCACAGUUACCUUUAAUAUUUUUUUGUAAAAUUGUAGCUGAAUCUAUCCCCAAUAAAGUUAUGUUCUGUU